GGGUGUCAGUUGCUGUUUUCCUCUCCGUCGGUUCGCAUGCAAUUUCCAUUCGGAAGCACUGAGGAUUCUCCAGAGUGGUAAAAGCGCGCGAUAACCACAAGUGGUUGUUCCGUACGCAUAUACAACCGAGUGCGAGUGUCGUUUCGUAUUUUCACGUGGAGUGAGUUCAACAAGUUGAGCUGGUCCGGUUCGAUUGCGGAUAAGUGAAAUUAAGAGAAAAAAAAAUGUCAAAACCACCAGCCAUAAGGGAUCUGAAGGAAUUUCUGGAACCCGUGCUGGAGCCAGGCGUUAAAGUGUUGGGCUACCAAUCAUCUUUUUUGACCGCUCCUGGAGAUAACUAUGGCAGCACUAUGCUGGCCUUGACCGUUGAUGUAACCAGUGCAGCCGGGGAUGAGCUCGAGCAGCUUCAACUGGUGGCCAAAAUGCGUCCCACUAGCGAGGAAUUCCUGGAGAUAUUUCAAAUUGACGUAACGUUCGUCAAGGAAGCGGCUGUUUACUCGCAGAUAGUCCCGGCCAUGAUUAAGUUACAGCAGGAGAUGGGACUUCCGGAAAACGAGAUGAUUGACGUCUUUUGUCGGUGCUACAAUACGAGGGUUUCGUUGGAUCCGGCCAGUGAUAAGGUUGAUGCUGAUGGAGUAAUGUUGUUCGAGAAUCUCAAAUUGGCCGGGUACAUUACAGAGGACAGGAGACAGGGAUUCAGCCGGGAGCUGGGAGAAUUUAUUCUGAAUAAACUUGCUCAGUUCCAUGCCAUUCCGAUAGCGCUACGUCUCCUGAAGCCGGAAGUGUUCAACUUGAGUGUACAAAAGUUUUUAGUAAAAAUAGACAUAGAUGCAGGACUGAGCGAGCAGACCAUCCAACGGAUGAUAAACGUGAUUGAGGCUGAUUUGAAAAAAGCUGGGGUGAGAGAACAGUUGGUACAGCGGCUAUUGAAGCAGAUUGACGAUUGUCGCAAACGGCAGGCGAAUUUGAUCUCGGAUGAAAUGAAUCAGUACUGUUCGAUGCUGCACAAUGAUUUGUGGGUGAACAAUAUGAUGAUAAAAUACGAUGACGACAACAAGCCAACGGGAUUGAAAUUCGUGGACUUCCAACUCAUCCAGAUGGACUCUCUCGUGCGGGACAUUCUGUUUUUCCUUCUCACCAGCGUUUCGGAUCCGAAUUUGAUGCACAGCAUAGAUCACUACUUUAACGUUUACUUCGACAAACUCCGCUUACAUUUGGCACGCUUGAAGUGUCCCAAUAUGAGUCAAUUCACUUAUCAUAGCUUCUUGGAGGAAAUCAAUCGAGUUGCACCACGGGAGCUUUAUCACAUUGUUGCCAUGCUGAGGGUAGUUUUGGCCAAAAAGGAGUCCAUUCCGGAGCACAGCGAGCUGGACGCGGAGCUGUUUUGUGACGAUAACCUUGUCGAGGAGGAUUACUAUCGAAAGCUGCUGCUGGUGGUGACUAUUUACGAUCAGCAAGGAUGGGUUUAAUCUAGUCAAGGUUUGUGCUAUCCUAGAUAGCCGAACUAUAAAAGCCAGACCAAAUGGAUGUACAAAUAGUGAUAUGUAUCAAAGUUAUUAUAUGGUGGAUGGUCAAUGUGAAAUGAAAUAAAAGUUGAAAUGUGAUGGCGUUAUAGUUUA